CGGAAGUGUCAGCUGGUCGGAGUUGUCCACAUAUUUCUAGCUCCGUGCAAGUUGUUAGCCAAAAAAUAUUAUUCCCUCGUUAAACACUGCUUAUUUUAAUUUAACUCGCAGUUUAUUUACUACACACAAGUACUUCAGCAACCCGACUAUGCUCAGAGUUUUAUUGUUCUUCCUCCCCGUUUUGUUCAAUAAGCCCACCUGUCAAAUUGAGCUAGCCAGUUAGCUUGUAGCUAGCCAGUGUCAAGCUGGUGAUCGAGAUUUUUCAACGCUUACAGUUUUAAUGUUGACUACAUAACGCUACGACAGGGAUCAUUAAUGGCAGCUCGGCAACCCUUCACAGACACGGAUACUGCCGAUGAAGCAGUGAGGGCGACCUGUGACGAUGCAACCAUAUGUAAAAGGUUUGCUACCAGUAAAAGCUACUGGAAGGACCCCUAUAUCCAGUAUUUCGCACGAUCUGUAGGGGAGCGGAAGGCACCUGAAAUCAAUAGAGGUUAUUAUGCCCGUGUUCGAGGAGUUAACCAUCUCCUUGAUGCGUUUAUAAGGAAAGCAGAGUGUGACUGUCAAGUAAUCAACGUGGGUGCUGGACUGGACACCACGUUUUGGAGACUUAAGGAUGAAAACCUCAUGCCACGGAAGUUCUUUGAAGUUGACUUUCCAACUGUUGUGGCCAGGAAAAUACACAAUAUUAAGACAAAACCGCCCCUGUCCAAACCCCUCAUCGAAACCCACUCUACAGACUCUUUACUACUAGAUGCCCACAGCCUUGACUCUGAUCGUUACUGUAUCAUUGGGGCAGACCUCAGAGACAUCUCUAAUAUGGAUGAAAAACUGAAGAAGUUCCAACUUAAUCCAGAAUUACCCACAUUGCUCCUGUCAGAGUGUGUGCUGGUCUACAUGACGCCCUCCCAGUCCUCCAAUCUAGUUCACUGGGCUGCAGAAACCUUCCACACUGCCAUGUUCAUCACCUACGAACAGGUGAACAUGAGCGAUCGAUUUGGCCAGGUGAUGAUCGAGAACCUGCAGCGUCGCCAGUGCACCCUGGCAGGAGUGGAGGCCUGCCAGUCUCUGGACACUCAGAAGGAGCGGUUUCUAAAGACUGGCUGGGAGCAUGCUGACGCUCUGGACAUGAUGACGGUGUACAGUAUGCUGCCCCAGGAUGAUGUGGCAAGAAUUGAGCGUCUGGAGUUCCUGGAUGAGAGGGAGCUGUUGCAACAACUUCUUCAGCACUACAGCAUCUGCUGGGCCACCAAGGACAAACUCAAUUUGGGUCUGUCACAGUUGGCAUUUUGAGUGUGAAACUGCUCCACUGUUGGACAUGCUUUACAUGUGUGUACGCCAAAAUCACCAACAAGAGAAGGUGUGUAAAGGGAGACAUUGGGAAAGAGGAAGCCUUUAUUCUCCCUCAAGCCCUCGUCUGGGAGCUGUUCUGGCGUGAAAACUCCCUGUAUCAGCAGAAUGUGAUUACAUGAGCGUCUUUUGUAACCCAGUAUGUGUUGAAGAUAAGAGAGAAUUAUGUUGAGAGCUGUGAAGAGGUUUGUCACUACACUGGCACUGAAUAACCAACUGUAAGAUGGAUCAGAUUAGUUUUUUUGCUUACAGACAUAUUUUGUCUGUGACUACGCAAUCACAUAAAAUGAGUAUCUGCUCCCCUGUGUUGGAGAUUAACGCAUGUAUGAAGUUUGAAGAAUUUCAGAUGUCAUAUAUUUGUCCUUGUCUGAUUUUUAUGUGCUAUUUUGAUUUUAUUUAUUAUUCGAUUGUACUUCCCGGACACAUUUUCUUACAAAACAUACACGCAUGCAAUAGAACUAGUGUCAAACUGCAAGAAAUCCAUUACAUGCAACUACUGGUUAAUUUACAUCUGCCCAUAAAAUGUUUUCUAUUCUUGAGCUUCGAACAGCAAAGCGGACAUGACAGAUUAGUUUGUGAUAGAUUAUAUUUGAUGAAUGCUGUUUAAGUGCAGUUGAAUAAAAAUUUCCUUUUGUGUAA